UGGGCGGUACUGGGCUGGGCUGGAGCGGACAGCCGGCGAGGAAGCGAGGAAUUCGCCCUGUGCUGGAAUCCGGCUGCUCCGCUGCUGUCGGCUCCCACCCGGACCAAGCGCAUUUUACACAAGCAGGGGUGAGGAAGUCUGCCGCUCCCAGCUUCUAGUCGCUGAAGAGCCGCGACCGGCUGUGUGUGUGUGAGAGAGAGGGGAGAGAGAGAGAGAUAGGGAGGGGAAAGGAGAGAGGGGGGUGGGGGAGCCGGGAGCUGGUUGGGCUGCGGAAUCUUUUGUCAUCCAGCACUUUCCGGAGGGCCGGCGGGGUCGGUGUGGGACAGACAGACAGACAGACAGUCGGUGGGACGCGCCGAGUCGGUGCCAGCGAGGAACCGGGACGCAUCGAGGGAGGGAGGGGUCCGGCAUGACCCCGGUCCCCGCAGCGAGGAGAUCGCCCACCCUGUGAACGGCCGGCGGCCGGCUCGACAUGGACAACCAACAAGUCCCGGCGCAGGCUACGGACAUUUCAAUUGAAGCAGAGAAGAGUCUGGACCGGGACGAGGCAGCCGAGGAAAGGCCGAUCAGGAAGGAGGAAGCAGAGAUAAAGCCGGUGAAAGAAGAGGAAGCGGAGAAGAAUCCAGUCAAGGAUGAGCCACAUCCUCCCUCAUCCAAACACCCCGCAGCAGGCAAGAGCCCUCGGACAAAGCAAGAUGCGUUGAAGGUGGAGGAGAGACUACGACUUGCGAGAGAGCGCCGGGACGAACGGGCAAAAACUCUUGCUACCAAGAAGUCAAUAUGGCUGGAGCGGGAAGAAAAGGCCAAGCUGCUCCGAGAGAAACAGGUGGAAGAUCGGAGGAGGAGGCUGGAGGAGCAAAGAGUGAAGAUUGAGAAGCGGCGAGCACUGCUGGAGGAGCAGCAACGACUAAAGCUUCAGAAAAGCAAGGAGCGUUACGAAGCAGUGGUGCAGAGGUCAACCAAGAGAACCUGGGCAGAAAUCCGUCAACAGAGGUGGUCCUGGGCUGGAGCGCUCCCUCACAGCCUGAGUGUGCACAAAGCGAGGCCAGGGGGCUGUUCCUUGUCGGCUGCCAACCUGCCCAAACAUGUGGAUUCCAUGCUAAACAAACGGCUCUCCAAAUCCUCAGCCACGCUCUGGAACUCCCCCAACAGAACUCGCCGCUUGCAGCUGAGCCCGUGGGAGAACAGCAUCGUGGAGCGCCUGAUGACCCCCACCUUGUCCUUCCUGGCCAGGAGCAGGAGCGUGGCCGCUCUAACAGGAACGGGCAAAGACAUAGAAGUCCCUCUGUGCCCUCGCUCUGCCUCGUCCAGCCCGAUCGCAGCCAGAGUCAGCAAGCCCCCGCACAAGUGCUCUAACCGAUGGAGGGCCAUGCACAGCAGCCCCGACGUGCUGGCACGGAGGAAGACUGAGUCCCAGCCGGGAGAAAGCAAGAAGAAGGAGAAAAAGGACAAGGAGCGGGAAAAUGCAAAGGAGAAACAUGCCCUGCUGAAGUCGGGCGGUGGGCCUGACAAGAUGAUGAGGAAACGGCAGUCCCUGCCUGCUGUCCGCAGUAAAGAAUCCAUGGCCAGGGAAGUCAGCCUGAGAUCAAAGAACCGCUCUUUGCCGAGCUCACCCAGGAGGAGACCUUCGGGAACCAGCCCUGGACCCGCGUUGCCUCCGGCAGCGGGUAGUGCCACUCUGGUGAAGAAGUCACGAGCCAAGGGUGAGAAGCGCAAGGAGAAGGAGAGCCAGUCGAAGCAGAGAGAGGAGAAGGAGCAGGGCAAGAAGGAGGGGUCGAGGCCUUCAUCAGCCGGUGGCCAGAGAAACAAGGAGGCAGCAGCGGCGGCAGCAGCAGAGGCUCCAGACUACACUCACGGCUCCCCCGCCCGGACAAUUGGCGGCACCACCGACCCCGAGGAGGCGGUCAGACACCUGGCGGAGAAGCGGCGAGUGGCGCGGGAGCAGAGGGAGCGGGAGGACCAGGAAAGGAAGGAGCAGGAGGAGGAGAAGAGGCUGAUGAAGGAGGAGAUAGCACGGAGGAAGGCAGAGGAGAAGGCUCAGCGUUUGGCCGAGGCUCAGCAAAUGGAGGAGGAGAGGAGGCAGACGGAGCAAGAGCAGCAGCUGAAGGAUGAGGAGGACCGGCAGAAGGAGGCGGAAAUGGAGCGGGAAGAAACGGAACGCCUCCAGAAGCAGAGGGAAGAGGCGGAGACGCGGGCGCGGGAGGAGGCCGAGAGACAGCGGCUGGAGCGGGAGAAACACUUCCAGAAGGAGGAGCAGGAACGCUCGGAGAGAAAGAAGCGUCUGGAACGGAUUAUGCAGAGGACCAGGAGGUCUGAUGGUCCAGAUAAGAAAGAAGAGAAGAAAUCAGCUACUGAUGGGGACAGCGAGAUAAAGGACACGAAGGCAGAGGCACCAGACGUCAGCUCGACACACGGGAAGAAUCUCGCUGGAGAAGAUCAGCCGGAGACAUCAGUAGAAGGGGGAGCGGGCGAGUUGUCGGUCAGCGCCAACGUCUGCCUGUCACAGGCCCAGCCGCUCAUAGAGCUGGGGGUGGCUCCAAAGGAGGACAGUGGUGAGAAACCGCCCGCGCUCACCAACGGAGUCCAACCCAAGAGACAGGAGAAUGGCAUCUGCCCCGUGACGCCGGCGCUUGGAGGCGUGCUGGAACUCUCCAACCAUACGGGCUGCUUGAAGGAAACCGUGGAAAGCGUGGACAGUAACGGGCAGAAGCAGCAUCUGAGCGGCCUGACAGCCGAGGACAUCCCCGUCACUCCCAUCAUCGCCUUCGAGGAGGAAAACUCUUUCAUUAAGAGGACAACAGGAAUUCAGUCCCAGCAUGUGGCAGAAAUCCUCUGAAGAGCUGGGCAUGUGAAGCCCCCCCCUCCCCCCCCAACUGCUCUCAGCAAACCCCCCUCCCCUCCAGCAGACCCCCCCCCCCCCCCCCCCCCAGCUACCAAGCACGGCUUUCUACUCAGUCGGAAGUGGGGACUACAGCAGGAAGCGGCCGGAAGGAGCGGUCGAGACGGGGCGUGUGUCCACGCAGACUCCGGCCCCUCCGAACCUCGUCUCCUUUUAAUUUGUUACCUUGUUUAUUUUUAAAUGUUUUAAAGAUGUUUACGGACAUGUAACUUCCACAAGAAGCGACAGCGGGCUCUUGAGUAGAGUCCAGCGGAGUGAGGAGUGCCGUGAUGAAGAGGCAGCCAUGGCCAGUGGCUGUGUCUGCUUGUACUGGACAGAGCGGGCCGACACUCUGCUGUCUUUACUGUGCACCUUAUGAACUGACACUCUAAUGCAACACGACAUGCACUCGCAGCGAGAGGAGCGGCAGUGUGACUGUUCUUGUAUCACUGGUGAUCACGUUCUUAUUUAACUUGAAAUUAUAAUAAAACUACUGGGUACCAUGUAUGUGAAUAAUGUAAAUAAACCUGUCAGUGUUAUACCAG